AUGUCUUUCCGGCUAAGUUAGCCUUCCCGCGCUCGAAGCUUUUUUUUUCUAGGGUUUAAGCUUUAGCGAGUCACUGUGAUUUUCGGCUUAUCACUCUUAUUUUGAGUGAUCAGCGAAUAUGGACGUCGACAUGGAUGCUUCUCCAAGAUACUUCGAUCCCGAAGACCAGACAAUUAGAGAGCGAUUUCGCCGAUACGGGAAGAGACCCUCAGCGUCAAGCUUAUCACCCCACCAAGGGAGUUCACCUUCAAAAUUCAGCGAAACGAGAUUGUUUUAUGAUGGGAAAAGUAUCCAUAGCCCCACAAAUGCUGCACUUAUUCUAGACAAUAUUAAACAAGAGAUUGAGAGCAUGGAUGGUCAUGAAAUCCCAGAAGCAGAUGUCGGUUUUGAUUCAGUGCGCUCUUCACUAAAAGCUUGCAAACGAGAGGAUGAGUCGCUGUCUGAUAGUGGAUAUAAUACAUUUGCAGAGUUCGCAUGUCUACUUGAUCCUGCUAUUCAAGGACAUAUUCCUAUUCCCGAACUUAUACUACAAUUUGAGAAAUGCUGCCGGACUUUUUCGAAGUCAAUUAGGGACGACUCCACUUCUCGGCACCGGGUUUUGGAGGACAAGUUAAUGAGGCAAAAGGCCCAGCAGUUGCUUGAUGAGGCUGCCUCCUGGUCCCUCUUGUGGUAUCUUUAUGGGAAAGGAACUGAAGAUAUCCCCAGAGAGCUCAUCCUGUUGCCCCCAACAUCACAUUUGGAGGCUUGUCAGUUUGUAGCAGAGGACCAUACAGCACAGUUGUGCUUGCGGAUUGUUCAAUGGCUAGAAGGUUUAGCCUCCAAGGCAAUUGACUUAGGAUACAAGGGAUCGCAUAUUGGUAUGUAUCUUCCAACUUCUGGUAUUUGGCGUCAGACCCAAAAGUAUCUUAAAAAAGGAGCUUCCAAUUCAAGCACUAUACAUCACUUAGAUUUUGAUGCUCCAACACGAGAACAUGCUCAUCAGCUACCUGAUGACAAGAAACAAGAUGAAUCACUUUUAGAAGAUCUCUGGACUCUUUUGAGAGCUGGUAGACUUGAACAAGCAUGUAACGUUUGUAGAUCUGCAGGACAACCUUGGAGAGCUGCAACUUUGUGCCCGUUUGGGGGGCGAGAUCAAUUUCCUUCUGUUGAAGCUCUCUUAAAAAAUGGGAAGGAUAGAACUCUACAAGCCAUCGAACUAGAAAGUGGUAUUGGUCACCAGUGGCAUCUUUGGAAAUGGGCAUCUUAUUGUGCCUCGGAGAAAAUAUCUCUUCAAGAUGGCGGGAAGUUUGAAGCAGCUAUAUAUGCAGCCCAAUGUAGCAACUUGCAACGCAUGCUUCCCAUUUGCACAGACUGGGAGUCAGCAUGCUGGGCAAUGGCAAAGUCAUGGCUAGAAGUUCAGGUGGAUAUGGAAUUGGUUCAUCUGCAACCAGAAGGCCUGGAUCAAUUUAGAAACUCUGGAGAUGUGAUUAGUGGAAGUCCUGGCCAUAGUGACCAAGCUUUUCAGCCUUCAAAUGGACCUGAAAAUUGGCCACGGCAAGUUGUGAAUCAGCAACCACGACAACUCUCUGAUCUUCUCCAGAAGCUUCAUUCAGGGGAAAUGGUGCAUGAAAGUGUGACCAGAGCAUGCAAGGAGCAACAGCGUCAAAUUGAGAUGAUUCUGAUGUCAGGGGAUAUACUAAGUCUUUUGGACCUUAUAUGGUCAUGGAUAGCACCUUCAGAAGAUGAUCAAAGUGUAUUCAGGCCUCAUGGAGAUCCUGAAAUGAUUCGAUUUGGUGCACAUUUGGUUCUUGUUCUUAGAUAUUUACUCGAUGAUGAAAUGAAGGAUACUUCUAAAGACAAAAUUGUAAAUGUUGGUGACCUUAUCCUACACAUGUAUGCCAUGUUUCUAUUUUCAAAGCACCGAGAGGAUUUGGUGGGCAUCUAUGCUUCCCAACUUGCACGUCAUCGAUGCAUUGACUUAUUUGUGCACAUGAUGGAACUAAGGUUGAACAGCAGUGUGCAAGUCAAAUACAAGAUCUUCCAAUCUGCAAUGCAAUACUUGCCAUUUUCUGCCGGGGACGAUUCAAAAGGCAGCUUUGAAGAAAUAAUUGAGAGGGUUCUAUCAAGAUCUCGGGAAAUCAAAGCUGGUACAAAUAACAAGUUAUCAGAUGUUGCAGAGCAGCAUCGCCUGCAGAGUCUUCAAAAAGCUAUGGUUAUCCAAUGGCUUUGCUUUACUCCCCCUUCUACAAUUACAAAUGUCAAAGAUGUUAGCACAAAACUUCUUCUUCAAGCAUUGAUACAUAGCAACAUAUUGUUCAGGGAGUUUGCCCUGAUUUCAAUGUGGAGGGUGCCAGCAAUGCCCAUAGGUGCCCACACAUUACUUAGUUUUCUCGCUGAACCUUUGAAGCAACUAUCAGAAUCUACUGAUACAUUGGAGAAUUAUAAUGCUUCUGAGAAUCUGAAUGAAUUCCAGGAUUGGAGUGAAUAUUAUUCCUGUGAUGCAACAUAUCGCAACUGGCUCAAAAUUGAAGUAGAGAAUGCAGAGGUUUCUCUGCUCAAGCUUUCAUUGGAGGAAAAACAAAGAACUAUUUUAGCAGCUAGGGAGACUCUGAACUCUUCUAUAUUAUUGUUAUUGAGAAAAGAAAAUCCAUGGUUAGUUUUUACUGAAGAUCAUAACAAUGAAUUGGCGGAGCCUGCAUUUCUCGAAUUGCAUGCCAUUGCAAUGAUUUGCCUUCCUUCUGGUGAAUGCAUGUGUCCAGAUGCCACUAUAUGCACUACAUUAAUGAGUGCCCUUUACUCUUCAGUUAAUGAGGAAAUUGUGUCAAAUCGGCAACUCAUGGUAAAUGUUUUUAUAUCAUCUGUAGACAAUUACUGUAUUGAGGUAGUGCUCCGUUGCUUGGCAGUAGCUGGUGAUGGUAUUGGGCCACAUGAGCUAAAUGACGGGGGUAUUCUUGGUACCAUCAUGGCUGCUGCUUUCAAAGGCGAGCUUCCUCGAUUUCAAACGGGGGUUACUUUGGAGAUUUCUCGAUUAGAUGCUUGGUAUUCAAGUAAAGAUGGUUCUUUAGAAGGUCCUGCAAUGUACAUUGUGCGGGGACUCUGCCGUAGGGUCUGUCUUCCAGAACUCAUUCUUCGAUCAAUGCAGGUCUCUGUGUCGCUCAUGGAGUCAGGUGUCAUGCCUGAAAGCCUGGAUAAGUUGAUUGAACUAGUGGCUAGCCCAGAUACAGGAUUCCUUCAUUUGUUUAGUCAGCACCAAUUGCAGGAGUUUUUAUUGUUUGCGAGGGAAUACACAAUAUAUCAAUUGGAGUUUCAAGAGGAAGAACAGACAUGAUUGUAUUGCUGCUGAAGAUUACUGAAAGCCCCGCAAUUAUAUUUUACAUGUUACAGAAUUGGGGUGAGUUGCUGCAUAUGUGAAAUGAGAAGAAAAAAAAAAAUUUAUAUUUUUCUUUUUUCUGUUGUAUAGGGAUUUCUCUCUCUUGGUAUGCGAAAUGGAGAACCUGUGAUACUUAAUUUUAACUGCGGAAAUUUUGUAGAUGUGUUAAAAGCUUCCUAGUAUCGGACUAUAGGGUAGUCAAAUUCCUUGGUUAUCAUCUCUUUGUGCUGAUUCAAUCAAAUUGGUUUUUGUUGACUACGGAUACGUAAAUCUGAGUCGAGUCUAAUUUUAAUAAACAUUAUCCAUUUUCCGAA